AUGGUUGGGAUGGACGCUAUUAGCGCGCUCCUCGAGACGGGAUCGUGGAGGACCUCGCGCUCAAAGAGUCAGAACCCCUACUCUCGAACUCCCCGUCGUACUGAUCCACUCUCUGAGCUGGAUAUUCAUGUUGACAAGCCCUCGGAAACACGAAGACGCAUCCCGCGAUUGCCUCCACCUACUGUUGAAGACGAGACCGAGUCUCUAGCCAAGGAACAUGGAAGUCCGUCGGUCAUUAGCUCUUAUGAGGAUGAACCUCCCAACCGCGGGGAGGUUGACCAGGAAAUACUCAUGGAGCCGGUUUUGGAAAACAAUCCAGAGCGUCGCUUUGUAGUUGUCACGGGCCCAGGGGCUGGAAAAGAGGGCGAACCAGCACCCAGCAUCGUUGCGACAACACCAUCCAAUCCCGAGAAAGAGGAGACCAAUGACUGCAAAAAGUUUGUUCUUGUUCCUUCCGAUGAGACCAACGACGGAGACAAGCAAAAGGAGAAGAAGGUAUCGGAACUCGGGAAGCGAAAGAGCCACCAGGAUCUGCCACGGUUGGAUACCCACGUUCAAGAGCCAGGCAUCAAGGACGUUUUUAUUGAACCACCGAAGGACAGACGAAGCCCAGAGAAGACUCCUGUCUAUCAGGAGGAUGACAGAGCGGCCCGGAUCAAACGAUCAAGCAGCCGCAGGCGCCCAGAAGCAUAUGCUGAUGAAGAGGACGCCAAGAAAGCGUCCUUGAAGCGAGCAAGCAGCCGUCGGCGCCCAGAGGUUCCUCCAGACGACCAAGACUCUGCGGAUACUUCCAUCAAGCGAUCGAGUAGCCGGAGAUACAGAGAGCGGCCCGUCGACCAUGAUGCUAAGGACUCUCCUAUCAAGCGAUCAAGCAGUCGGAAACCCCGAAAUCGACCACUUCACGACUCUGAGAUCACCGCUGAUUCUCCUGACAAUGUGAACCCAGGCGCAAGCGACUUUCCUGCUAGCGUCGUCACUGAAAUGGCGGGUGGUAGGGAGCGUGCGUAUUAUGAUUUGAACCAAGCAGCGGACGGGCUUUCCCAUCGUCGCUCAAAAUCCAAACAUGGUGCUCGAAUCACACCGUCAAACAGUAGGCAGGCCUACCACUUGUCUCCUCCACAAACACCAGGCCGACCGCGCCACGACCGUGUGGCCUCAACACCUGACGUGCCACGAAUCGACUCCAGAUCCCUUGAGCUGGAAGGACCUGGAAUAGCUCCGCUAUCGAUGUACCGAUAUAACGAGGCGGAUGACGCCAUGGCGUUCAUGGUACAAGAAGACGCCAUCCUCGAUCACGAUCUGACUAGGAAGUCUCCGCCGCCGAGGAAAAACCGCAAAGAGAGCCCACCACCGUAUCCCUCAGGUGCAGAACGGAAGAGGAUGCCAAGUCAGGCUGCUACUAACAGGAGGCGACGCAACUCUAUGGCUGCCCCUCGUGACCGCAGAGAAUACCCAAUCGAUGACGAUCCUCGUUACCACCAUUUAGACCACCAGGAACAGCCCCAGCCGUUUCGCCCUGUGGUCGAAGAAGACGCCUCACUGAUGGCCCUUAGACAUCGUUUGGGUGCAGUGGAUAUGGGUUCAGAGUCCCAGGAUAUGGUACCUCAUCCUUCCGCCCUUGCACUAAGGCAGCAGGAUCAGUUUUCAGAACCAAGUGAUCCAGGAAGCUCGAGAAGCGCCACAUUCUCGGCCGAAGGAGAUUACCGGAGGGGGAGGGCCGGCACCUACUCUUCGACCUCUUCCCCCCCUAACGGUAGACUGGCACCGCGGAGGGAAGAUGAGGGCAACCCGAGGACCAGGCGGCGAGCUCGUUCACGGACUAUGGGCACAAACCCCUAUUCCAACAGCUCUCCAAUCUUGCACGAGUUCGUUGCGACCUCCUUGCGACCCGACAAGCACGUUGUGUGCGACAUUGGCUCCUCAUUCUGGUACCGCAUGGCAUAUCUCAUGACACUCAAGCAGCGCUUGCCAGAUUUGCAACUGGUGCGAAACGUAGCUGCAAUUUCAGGGCUCAAUCCGCCCUGUAGUGGACCUCAAGAGAAAUCUCGCAUAUGGCACGGGAUGUGGGAUCCGUAUAAACGAGAAUAUGUGCCUCACUUUGAAGUCUGCGUGGGCUGCGCGAAGAUGUUGGAGGCAGUGUUACCGAACCUGGUCAAUACGCUAUAUCCAAUGAGCUUAGAGCCAUUCACAGCAUAUUGUCAACUUCACUACGCACCUGGAAGGAAGCGUUUUAUGGACUAUUGGGACCUUUUGGAGACGACUUCGGAUAUCGCACUCAGCCACCAAACCGAACCCGACAUUCGUGUGCUCGCGAGCGGGCUUCGCCGAAUCGCUAGAGUCAAGGAAUGCCCGCCGUGCCCACAAGAUCAGGCGCUUGUAAACGCAUAUUGGCAUGUCAUGCAAUUUCUUCCGGAUUUUACGGUGUGCGAGGAAUGCUACAGGGAAGUGGUCAAGCCCAUGCUUGACGCCAACGAUACUAGGAGCGACAUCCCUUGGAACUUCCUCCCCGACAGACUUGUGUCCAAGCCGAUAGCCUCUUGUCACCUCUCCAGCGAACGGAUGCGGGAAGAAUUCCGCGAGGCAUGCCGGCUUAAUGAUUAUGGCUACCUCGAGGGCAAAUAUAUCGAACGGAUGGGGACUCCAGUGACGCCUGUGUCUAGGUGGUAG